AUGAAACUAAUCAUUGUGUAUUUGUUAUUGAUAAUAGGAUACUCUCAAAUAUUAGAGAGAUAUCAAAUAAUUGGAAAUCCAAAGCCAAGUUUGGUAAGUAUCUUAACAGAAUUAUAAUCUUAAAUAAAAUCAGGUGGAGCAUAAACUACAACAAUAGCAUUUUUAGAUAAUCUAAAAUCAACAAUAGAUGAAGAAUAAAUUAGACAUGAUUAAUUAUAUACUUAAUAAAGAAAUUAAUGUUCUUUAGAAUUAGAUUUAAGAAAAAAAGAUAUUAAAGAUGCAGAAUAAGUUGGUUCUAGAGCAAAUGAAUAAUUGGAAAAUUGUUCUACAUCAAAUAAUAAAGCAAGAUCUGAAUUAGAUAAUAAUCUGGAAUCUUAAAAAGUAUUUUAAUUAAUUCUAAAUAGACUACAGAUAGUGAUAUAAAAAUAUUGAAAGGAAUUAGAGAUGAAGCAGCAAGAUUAUUUUCAAAUAAAAAGAGAGAUCAUUUAGAUGCUUUAACAUCACUUUAAUAAGUAUUACUUACAUUAGAUGGAUUUACAGGAGGAGAUUGUUCAUUAGCUGAAUUAGGUAAAGUAGCAAUGGCUUUUAUUUAAACAGCAGUAAUGGCUAAGAAUGAUUAACCUUUAGUAGAAAUAUCUGAGAUUUUUGCAUAAGUAGCAACUGAAAAUGGAGGAUAUAGAGAAGUAUAUGAAAAACUAAAAUAAUUAAUUGUUAAUUUUGAACAAACAUUAUAAAAAAACUUAUAAGAUUAUUAAGAUGUUGAAGAUUUAUAAAUUUAAGAAUAUGAUGAUCGUAAUAUUCAUUUGGUUGAAUAUUUUAAUAAUUUAAAAAGAACAGAAUAAUAAUUAAGAGAUCACAUAACAGCUAUGAGUAUGUGUAUUAAUUAAUAAACAGCUAUUGUAGAUACUGCAAGAGGAAAAAAAGUAUAUAUAUUUUUAUGAUUUAUUUUAGGUGAGAAAUUUAUAAAUGUUAGAUUCAGUUGAUAAAAUGUGUAAGGAUUUCUUAUCAGAGUAUGAAAAAGCAAGUUAAGUAAGAAAGGAUUAAAUUGAUCUUAUAAAUCAAGUUAAAUAAUCUGUUUAUGAUUUCUACUCUUAAAAACCAUAAGCUGCUUGUCCAGGAGGAGGAAGUGAUUGA